AAAAUUUUACAUUUGGCCUGGUUUCCCAUAUCUUCAAAUAGUUAUAAAUUUCCUUCACUGGAAACACAAAAAAGUUCAGCAACACGAAUUAAAAAGUUCCAUUGACAAAGUCAUCCACUACUUUGAAUUUGCCCCAAGAGCCAAUUAUAGUAUAAGGCCAAAGGUUCAACUAGAAUAAAAUACUCAAUUUUCUAAAGGUUCAAAUUAGUAGGACUUUUUUAAGACUCCAGUACAGAGAAUAAGGUCCAUUCCUCGUUAGCCACUGUCACUAUAAAGCUGAAGUUUUUCGAAGAACAUUACCAUGCCUAUUGUCUAAUGGCUGAGCAAUUACAAAUUCAAGAAUUUGUAGUAGAAGAAGAAGAAAAAGAAUGUACAACAAUUAUGGAUGUACAAAUAGAAUCGCCGGUAAAUCUCUAUAAUCUGGAUUAUUGCUAUUUAAACCUCCCUCCUAUCAGCCCAUUAGCUGAUAUUGUGCUAUCCCCCUUGUGGAAUUCUUCUGAUUGCAAUGAUACUGGCUGUUCUGAUGGAAGCAGCAUCAGUGCUAUUAGGAGGAUUAGCAGUGAUAAACACUUUUCCAGCCAUUCUGCAUCCUAUCCUGAUGGUUCACCUGGAGAUGUUGAUAGAAGCCUCAGAAAGAGCCCUGCAUAUGAGAAAGCCAGUAGUCUAGAUUUUUGUAAUAUUGAGAAAAGGAUGUCUCAGGCAGUUGGAUACAUUUUAUCAAUGGGAGAGGACAUCCUAGUUCAAUUUUGGGCACCUGUGAAGAACAGUAGUCAGUGUAUGCUUGCAACUUGUGGGCAACCGUUUGCUAUUGAUUCCACAAAUUCGAGACUUCAUCAUUAUAGGAUGAUUUCUCUGAUGUAUCAUUGCUCUGUUGAUGGUACGAAUGAUGGAUGCCUUGGGCUUCCUGGACGUGUCUUUAAGAUGAAAUUCCCAGAGUGGACUCCAAAUGUCAAAUAUUACUCGAGCAAAGAAUUUCCACAGUUAGAUUGA